UUUAGUAUGUAUACUGCUGCUGUUGGAAACCUUUGUGUUUGUCGUCCAGCAGCAGGUAGAUGGAGGACUCAAUGAGAAUGAGAUCAGUCAACAGAUCAGCUCUGAGGACGGAAGACAGAAUCCACCUCAAACAGACACUUUGAGAGCUGAAGCUUCAACUGACAGCCAACAAUACUGUGAUCUGGGCAUCCCUGACAUCCAUGCAGCACUGAGAGAACUGACCGCCACCGUUACAGAGCAGAAAGAAAACAUCAGAGAACUGACCGCCACCGUUACAGAGCAGAAAGAAAACAUCAGAGAACUGACCGCCACCGUUACAGAGCAGAAAGAAAACAUCAGAGAACUGACCGCCACCGUUACAGAGCAGAAAGAAAUCAACAGAGAACUGAGAGAUGAGAUGAACAAGAAAAAUGAUGAAAUUUCAAAUCUUACUCUGGGUCAAGAGGAGUUGAGAAAGGAAAAUAGAGACAGAGAGAUAGCUUUUUCAGCUGCACUGAGGGAAUCUGGUGAAGGAUAUAUUGGUCCUUUUAACACUCACAUCACACUAACCUACAGGAACGUCUUCACAAACAUAGGGAACGCCUACAACCCAAUAACAGGUGUUUUCGCAGCCCCACUGAAAGGAGCGUACAUGUUCAGAGUCUAUGUACGUGGUGAUGGCGGAACUGCAGCAACUGUAUACAUAAGUAAGAAUGGAAAGCAGGUGCUUAUGGCACAUAGUGAUCAGGCUCAGGGAACGUUAAACUCCUCAAAUGGAGUUGUGUUGAUCCUGGAGGUUGGAGAUGUUGUCUAUGUGAGACUUUGGUCUGGUAGGAGGUUAUAUGAUAACGAGAAUAACCACAACACUUUCAGUGGUUAUCUACUGUUUCCCUUAAGAUAACAGGAGCUUUGAAGAAUGUGAUUACAAUAAUUCUGAACCUUCAGCGUAUGAUAUAAGAUGAAAAUCAUGAAGAAUUAUUAACAUAUGAACCUGUAUUAAUGAGGACUAAUGUGUCUUUGAAAUUUGCAAUAGAUUAUUGUUAAAAAGUCUGAUCUGUCUAUUCAUGUAAGUUUGUAUAAAGAGUUUCAACACUGAGACAGACAGGACCCAUAAAUAUCACAUGUGACUCAAAAGUGUUUUGUUGAAGUAAUAAAUCUAGAAUGUUAAAUAAUACCUUUCUUAAGUGUAACUUGUUAUUGAUCCUUGUUUUUCUUGUUGAUUAGUUCUGUGAUCAGUUAUGUCUUGUUUGCCUAUUUUAUGUUAUUGUCUCGGGUGUUUGUGUUCAUGUUUUUGAUUUCAUGUCUUUUAUUUUGUAGUUUGUUUCAUGUUGCUUGUUUGUGUCAUGUUUCCCUUGCUCUUGUUCUCCCUUAGUCCAUGUGUCAUGUUCUGAUUGGUUGUUCAUGGUCAUGUGUUUUCUGAGGUUAUUCUGUCAUUGGUUCUCUUGUUCCUUGUGUCACUUCCCCAUUGGUUGUCCUAGUCAUGUGUUCCAUCAGUUCUUGUAUUUAUAGCCCUCAUGUUCCAUUGUUAUCUUGUUUAGCUUUGUUUAUGUAACCUGCUGUUGGUGAGUGUCAAGUCAAAAGUCAAGUCAAAAGUCAAGUCAAGUCAAAAGUCAAGUCAAAAGUCAAGUCAAAAGUCAAGUCAAAAGUCAAGUCAAAAGUCAAGUCAAAAGUCAAGUCAAAAGUCAAGUCAAAAGUCAAGUCAAAAGUCUGUUUUCAUGUUCCGGUUCACGUUAGUAUUUUGGAUUUUUGUCAAUAAACUACACUUGGGUUCUAAACUACGCUUGCCUCCAGUGGACUCCCUACGUUACAGUUAUAUUGCCUCUAAUAUUUGAACCCCAGUGUUUCUUGUGUUCUUUGUCGAGUCUUGUUCUACACGGAUGUUAUGUUUGGUGCAUUCAUUCUGUUCUCUGGUUCCUCAGUUCUUCAUGUUGGAUUUGUUAUUAUGUUUAUACUUAUAUUAAACUCACUGCAUUUGGA